ACAUAUCUUUUUAUAUUUUAUAAUAACUAAAUAAAAUAUAGGUAAAUCCACAUAAUUAAGCUCCAGGAAGAGCUCAUUAAUGUAAUUUAAUCAUAUGUCAGUUUUCUCUUCUCCAUUAGAAACGAGCAUAUAUAUUUUUUCUCUCCCCUCUUUCCUUGGAGUUUUUUAAUCUGGUUUAGUUUUCGAAUCGGCAACCCCACCAAAAAAGUAAAAAGAAAUAAAAUCUAGGGUUGAAUUUUGGGUUCAGCGUUUGAACUUUGAAGGUCUGGCUAUUUCUGUUAUCAAUAUCUAAAGAAUAAAAAUCGUUGUAAAUUUCUGUUCCACAGAAUAACGAAAGUGGGAGAGAGAGAGGUCGCAUUUUAUUGUCUCUGAUGUGAUGCCUUCUGCUGCUGCUGUUUAGGUAUGUUGAAAAGCCACACUCCAGGUUUGAUGCUUUUGCUUUUAGCUUAAUUUUUCAUCUUUUAUUUUUUGAAAUUUACGGCUUUGAUUAGUUCAAGGUAAGUGUUGAUGCUUCGAUUAAUAACUCUUUCUUUUAAAAAAAGAAAUUAUUUGAGAAAUAAGGAAAGGGCUACUUUGUUUAUUUUGUUCUGUUGUUUGGAGCACCGAAAAUUGAAUUGAAGUCGAGUGUUGAAUAAGUUUUUAAAAUUUAAUCCGAUAGUAAGAAGCUUUUCUUUGAUGAUUUUCGGAGGUUUGAACUACGAGUGUGAUAGAGGAAAGGAAGUAUGAAUUAUAGCUCUGUCGAGGACUAACAUGUAUAGAUUGGAUAUAGUAUAGUUACUAUUAUUGUUAAAUUGAACAACAUUGAUUCGCCUAAUGUUCUCAGCGAUUCUGACUUUUCUUAUGGCUAUUUUUGUUGUAAGGAAUGGUAAUUUUUUAUGUUAUAUUGGUGUUUGAGACCAGUUUGUCUGGUUUGUAGCAGAGGCUUGGAUGCCCCCGAAGUGUGGCAACCAGGUGUUAGAACUUGAAGUAGGUAGCAUGUUGAGUGUGAAGCACAAAAAAUAAUUUAACACCUCAUUUAAUGAAAGGGAUUGUAUAAUGUAUUUGUUUUACUUGUUAAGAAGGAAAGGGGGGGGGGGUGGUGGUUGCUUAGAAUCAAUUGUUGCACAUUUGUCAAACGUAUAUUAUUUGUGUAUAUUUGUAUAUUCAAACGGUGGAGUUUGCAAUUAAUAAAGGUUCAAAAUAAAAUCUUUAGAAAAGGAAUCUUUGAUCUGGGCAUACUUGGAAAAGAUGCAUUAUCCUGAUAUUUGCUGAGAAUUCAUUUGAUAAGAAGCAAAUACCAGAAUAUUUACUGCUUAGAAGCUAUCAUAUUAAGAAAAAUUGGCAUAUGUUCUCUUGCCAACGUUGACUUGUAUGGAGCAUGGUUAACACUAUCGGCUUUUGAAUUGGAAUCGUGAGAGCUCUACUCAAGACAAUAAGGUCCACCUUCAACAAUGCCUUCUCUUCAACUGUUGCAGUUAACUGAUCGUGGACGAAAUCUUUUGGCCUCUAGGAGGAAAGCAGUACUGCUUGCUUCUGGUAUCGUGGUUGCUGGUGGCACUGCUGCCUAUCUGCAAUCGCGGUUUAGUAGUAAGAAGCCCUAUUCUUAUGGUCAUUCCAAUGGGGUGCAAGAUGAUAGAGAAAAUUCGGAUGAGGUUCUUAAAAGGAAUCAUAAUGUAAAGGGAACUACACGAAAGAGAGGUGGAUUAAAGUCCCUUCAGGUUUUAACAGCAAUUCUUCUAUCUAAGAUGGGCCAAACUGGCGCACGAGAUCUUUUGGCUUUGGUGGGCAUAGUGGUCCUGAGAACUGCUUUGACCAAUAGAUUAGCAAAAGUUCAGGGGUUUCUAUUCCGUGCUGCUUUCCUUCAGCGUGUACCAUCAUUUUUCCUGCUAAUAUCCGAAAACAUUUUGCUGUGUUUUCUUCUGUCAACCUUUCAUUCUACUUCGAAGUACAUAACUGGUACCCUAAGUCUGAGUUUCAGGAAAAUUCUGACAAAGCUCAUCCAUACACAUUACUUUGAGAAUAUGGCAUAUUACAAAAUAUCACACGUUGAUGGACGGAUUAGGAAUCCUGAGCAACGGAUUGCAAGUGAUGUACCAAGGUUCUGUUCGGAGUUGAGUGAGCUUGUACAGGAUGAUUUGACAGCAGUUACUGAUGGUCUGCUUUAUACUUGGCGUCUUUGUUCUUAUGCUAGCCCAAAAUACAUUUUCUGGAUAUUGGCUUAUGUUUUGGGAGCAGGAGCUGCAAUAAGAAAUUUCUCUCCAGCUUUUGGAAAACUAAUGUCCAAAGAACAACAGUUGGAAGGAGAAUACAGACAGCUUCAUUCGAGGUUAAGGACCCAUGCAGAAAGUAUUGCAUUUUAUGGUGGAGAAAGUAGAGAAGAAUCUCACAUCCAGCAGAAGUUUAAGAAUCUUGUUAGGCACUUGAGGGUCGUACUUCAUGACCACUGGUGGUUUGGCAUGAUUCAAGACUUCUUAUUGAAAUACCUUGGUGCCACCGUUGCUGUCGUGUUGAUUAUUGAGCCUUUCUUUGCUGGCAAUCUUAGACCGGACACUUCAACAUUGGGACGGGCAGAGAUGUUAAGCAAUCUAAGAUAUCAUACCAGUGUUGUAAUUUCACUAUUUCAGGCCCUAGGAACCCUUUCUAUAAGUUCAAGACGGCUAAAUCGCCUCAGUGGUUAUGCUGAUCGCAUUCAUGAGUUAAUGCUCAUAUCAAGAGAGCUAAGUGCUGUUGAUAAGAAACCGUCCUUUCAAAGAGCAGCAAGUAGGAAUUACUUAACUGAAGCUAAUUAUGUUGAGUUUUCCAAUGUAAAGGUUGUUACUCCAUCUGGGAAUGUUUUGGUCAAGGAUCUCUCUCUGAGAGUUGAAUCGGGAUCUAAUCUUUUGAUUACAGGUCCAAAUGGCAGUGGAAAGAGUUCCCUUUUCCGGGUUUUAGGUGGUCUUUGGCCACUGGUAUCUGGCCAUAUUGUGAAACCUGGGGUUGGUUCUGAUCUUAAUAAGGAAAUAUUUUACGUGCCACAAAGACCAUAUACAGCUGUUGGAACCCUUCGCGACCAGUUAAUUUAUCCUCUUACGGCAGAUCAGGAGGUUGAACCUCUUACACACGAUGGAAUGGUAGAGCUAUUGAAAAAUGUUGACCUUGAAUACCUAUUAAAUCGCUACCAACCCGAUAAAGAGGUUAACUGGGGUGAUGAACUCUCUCUUGGGGAGCAACAGAGAUUGGGGAUGGCUAGACUGUUCUACCAUAAGCCUAAAUUUGCAAUUCUUGAUGAGUGCACUAGUGCUGUGACAACUGAUAUGGAGGAGCGGUUUUGUGCUAAAGUUAGAGCUAUGGGUACAUCAUGUAUAACCAUAUCACAUCGUCCAGCACUAGUUGCAUUUCAUGAUGUGGUUUUGUCUUUGAAUGGAGAAGGAGGUUGGACAGUUCAUUAUAAAAGUGAGGAUUCUCCGGUACAAAGUGAAAAUGGGAUUGAAUUGACUGAAGUUUCUGAGACAAACCGCCAAACUGAUGCAAUUGCAGUUCAACGAGCAUUCACAGCAGCUAAAAAGGAUUCUGCAUUCUCAAAUCCAAAGACUCAAUCAUAUGUAUCAGAGGUCAUAGCAGCAUCCCCCUCUGUGAAUCAUGAUGUUAAGUUACCUGUUGUUCCUCAAGUCCGGAGGGAUGCAAGAGUACUUCCAUUAAGAGUUGCUGCUAUGUUUAAAGUACUGGAACAAAAUACGAGGAGGAUGAUUGGGCAUGCGAAGGAAAUAAAUGGCCUAUACUAUCUUGAAGAAUCCAGUGAAGAAGUACCUACCUUAUUUGACAAACAAGGGGCUCAACUGCUUGCAGUUGCUUUACUUGUUGUCUCGAGAACUUGGGUAUCAGAUCGGAUUGCAUCAUUAAAUGGAACGACUGUGAAGCAUGUUUUGGAGCAGGAUAAGGCAGCUUUUAUCCGAUUAAUUGGGAUAAGUGUUCUUCAAAGCGCUGCAUCUUCUUUCAUUGCACCUUCCUUGAGGCACUUGACUGCAAGGCUGGCCCUUGGAUGGAGGAUCAGAUUGACUCAACAUUUGCUGAAGAACUACUUAAGAAAUAAUGCAUUUUACCAGGUCUUUCACAUGUCAAGCAAAAAUAUUGAUGCGGAUCAAAGAAUAACUCAUGAUCUUGAAAAGUUAACUACUGAUAUAUCGGGGCUUGUUACUGGAAUGGUAAAGCCAUUUGUUGACAUUUUGUGGUUCACCUGGAGAAUGAAGCUUUUAACUGGACAAAGGGGUGUCGCCAUUUUGUAUGCUUAUAUGUUGCUUGGUCUGGGUUUUCUAAGGACUAUUACUCCUGAUUUUGGUGAUUUGACAAGUCGAGAACAACAACUUGAGGGAACCUUUAGGUUCAUGCAUGAAAGACUGCGCACUCAUGCUGAGUCUAUAGCUUUCUUUGGAGGUGGUGCUCGAGAAAAAGCUAUGGUUGAGUCAAGAUUUAGGGAGCUUCUUGAUCACUCUUUGUUACUUUUGAAGAAGAAAUGGUUGUUUGGUAUUCUUGAUGAUUUUGUAACGAAACAGCUUCCACAUAAUGUUACCUGGGGUUUGAGCUUAUUAUAUGCCUUGGAACACAAGGGGGACCGAGCCUUAGUUUCUACUCAAGGUGAGCUUGCACAUGCGCUGCGGUUCCUGGCAUCUGUUGUGUCGCAAAGCUUUUUAGCUUUUGGUGACAUCCUGGAAUUGCAUAAAAAGUUCCUGGAGCUAUCUGGGAGCAUCAACCGGAUUUUUGAGCUUGAAGAGCUUCUUGAUGCUGCACAGUCUGGGGAUUUCAACAUCGACAAGUUGACAGAGUCUCAGAGCACUAGUCUCUAUGCCAAGGAUAUCAUUUCUUUUGCCAAUGUGGAUAUAAUUUCUCCAGCACAGAAACUGUUGGCUAAGCAGUUGACAUGUGAUGUUGUACCAGGAAAGAGCCUGCUUGUUACUGGUCCAAAUGGUAGCGGAAAAAGUUCUGUCUUCAGAGUACUUCGAGGUCUCUGGCCCAUUGUGACUGGAAGACUUUAUAAACCUAUCCACUAUUUUGAUGAAGAGGCUGGAUCGAGUUGUGCUAUCUUCUAUGUUCCUCAGCGACCAUAUACAUGCCUGGGAACUUUAAGGGAUCAAAUCAUAUAUCCUCUCUCUCGUGAGGAAGCUGAGAUGAGGGAAUUAAAGUUUUAUGGAAAAGUUUCAGGUAAAAAAUCAGCAGAUGCCAUAAACAUUCUUGAUGCUCGAUUGAAAACUAUUCUUGAAAAUGUUCGGUUGAAUUAUCUUUUGCAAAGAGAGGAUGGUGGUUGGGAUUCCAAUCUCAAUUGGGAAGACACACUCUCGCUUGGAGAACAGCAGAGAUUAGGCAUGGCACGUUUAUUCUUCCACAAGCCUAAAUUUGGUAUCCUUGACGAGUGCACAAAUGCCACAAGUGUCGACGUUGAGGAACAACUUUAUAGAGUGGCAAAAGAUCUGGGUAUAACUGUCAUUACCUCAUCACAGCGGCCUGCUCUAAUACCAUUCCAUGCUUUGGAAUUAAGACUGGUUGAUGGUGAGGGCAAGUGGGAGCUUCGUUCAAUCAAGCAGUGAGUUUGGUGCGAUGAUCAGCAAUCUGUUCGUGCUCUUCUUGACUUAGAUAUAUAUACAAGGGCUGAGGGCAACUCAAACCUGACUGCUGUUUCCCGGAUCAAGUUAACCGUAAUUACAUGCCGGAACAUAGACUAGAGCAAAGGUGAUGCCAGGUGCCAAUAAUAUUUUAAUUUCUCUUUUUCAAGGAAAAUUCAUUAUUUUUUGUUUUAUACCAAAAACUCGAUGCCCAAAUUAGAUCAGAUUAUUGCAAAAAUUGGUAGUUAGGAAUUAUUAUAAAAUGAGAACAGCCAGCCAAGUAUAUCAUUCUGAAUCUAUGUAAGCACAAGGAAGAAUUCCAUGUACAGGUUUUUCAGUUUUACCCUUUUUUAACGGGUAAAAAAUGCGUGGCCCUUCAUGUUGUUGUACUUGUUAAGAAUUGUUACCUAUUUAUUCUUGCCCUAAUGAAUAAAAUUGAAGGGAGUUUAGUACUUCAUGUUUUUACUGCAGACAUUUGUAUGUUUAUAUCAGUUUGCCUUAUGAAUAA